UGACUCAAAGGCAGAGAGCAGCUGAAUGUAACUCUUCUCCCAAACCAUAUUCUCGUCAAUUUCUCAAAGUCAAACCUUGCAUGGAGAAUGAAGCGCCCACGGGAACCCGAAGAGGCACCUCUAGAGGAAGCCACGACUGUGGUUCGAAAUACGGCCGCCACUUAUGGAAAUGACCACGGCAGCGGGCUGGAACAGAUCAUCGACAACGGCGCUGAUUCAUUGCCGCCCGCCGCCAAAAUCGCCGAGCUUGACACAUCCGAGAGCGAGGAAGACAGAGAGGUCAAGAUAUACUGCGCAUUACCGCCCCACAAGGAGCCCCUACAGUUCUCGUCAUAUGGCAACUACGAGACCCAUUACAGAGACAAGCAUACCAACCGCUGCCUGCAAUGCCGUAAAAACUUCCCGUCGGCCCAUUUCCUCAGCCUUCAUAUCGAGGAGACGCACGACUCGUUCUCCGAAGUGAGGAAGGAGAGAGGUGAGCGGACUUUCUCAUGCUUUGUGGAAGGAUGCGACAAGAAGUGCACCACGCCUCACAAGCGCAAGAUGCACCUGAUCGACAAGCACAUGUAUCCCAGAAGUUUCUUCUUCGCCAUCACGCGUGAAGGCAUCGAUGGACGGCAGUCCCUGUUGCAGGAGAGGCCUAGGCGCCGUCGGGAAUCAACCAGCGCUAUGCCAUCACCUCGAGGCUCCUUUCAAGGCCAAGGACAGCGGCCAGUUGCUGACCAACCCCAAGCAUCUGCAGAUAGCCAUGUCGUGGCUGACUCGACCGAGAAGGAGACUGAGCAGCAGCCGGAUCAAGAGAUGGAAGACCUCGCCGGCGCCAUGGCGGCGCUCCGGUUUGUACCCAUGAGCGUCCGCUUUGGCCGAGGUAAGAAGGCCGGUUUCGCUAAGCGGUAGCCUCCUAGCUGGCGAGCAGACACUUCGGUUUGAGGCUAUUCAAAAUAAGCAUGGGACACGAUGUAAAAGUCUGCACUUAGGUUGGGGACAACAUACUGACGAAAGGAGUUAUCGCUCCUUGCAUGUUAAUACUGUGUAGACCUAAUCCACCGGCCAGCAAGGCUUGUUUGUUACAUCUGGUCCCGUGCAGUCUCUGUCAUAUGUAUGAGUUUCAUGCAAGGUAAAACUGUGCGGCAGAUGGUGAUUUCUUACACA